AUGGCCCAAUCCUCAGUUCCUGCCUCCGUGGCGGAGUCCGUCCUCCAGAGCUCCCAACCCGUUCCGGAAGGAUCUCAUGAAGUGAGCGGAGUGGACUUUGAUAAGUUCCAGGGCCGGGAUAUCACAGUGGCAGAGAUGGUGGACAACCUGGCCUAUACAGGGUUCCAGGGUAGUGCCGUUUCCGAGGCGGCCCGCAUCAUCAACGAGAUGCGCGCCUUCCGUGACCCCGAAACUGGAGAUAAGACUACCAUCUUCCUCGGCUUUACUUCCAAUCUGAUCUCUUCCGGUCUUCGUGAUACCCUGCGUUAUCUGGUGAAACACAAGCAUGUGUCGGCAAUCGUGACCACUGCGGGUGGCGUUGAGGAGGACCUGAUCAAAUGUCUCGCACCGACGUAUCUCGGAUCAUUCACUACACCGGGUGCUGGACUGCGUGCCAAAGGUCUCAACCGCAUUGGCAAUCUGCUCGUUCCCAACAACAACUACUGUGCCUUCGAGGACUGGGUGGUCCCUAUUCUAGACAAGAUGUUGGAGGAGCAGGAGGCAGCCAAGGUCAAAGCCCGUGAAACUGGCGACGAGGAAGAUGAGCUCCACUGGACCCCAAGUCGCAUCACCGAGCGGCUCGGUCAUGAGAUCAACCACGAGGAUUCAGUUCUCUACUGGGCCGCCCGGAAUGGAAUCCCCGUGUUCUGUCCUGCCCUGACAGAUGGAUCCUUGGGUGAUAUGCUUUACUUCCACACCUUCAAGUCUUCUCCACAGCGACUCCGGGUUGAUAUUGUGGAUGAUGUUCGCCGUAUUAACACCAUGGCCGUACGGGCCACACGCGCUGGUAUGAUCAUUCUCGGAGGCGGUGUUGUCAAGCAUCACAUUGCCAAUGCAUGCCUGAUGCGUAACGGGGCCGAACAUGCAGUAUAUGUAAACACCGCCCAGGAGUUCGACGGUAGCGAUGCGGGCGCACGGCCGGAUGAAGCGGUGAGCUGGGGCAAGAUAAAGGCGGACGCCAAAUCCGUCAAGGUAUACGCCGAGGCCACUGCAGUGUUCCCCAUGAUUGUAGCCGCUUCAUUCGCUCGUGCGGAAUCCCAGAACUGA